CGGCGACAGCGGCGGCAGCGGCGGCAGAGGCCGCGGCGAGAGCGGCGCCGCCAUGGGGGAGCUUUUCCGCAGCGAGGAGAUGACCCUUGCCCAGCUGUUUCUGCAGUCCGAGGCCGCGUACUGCUGUGUCAGUGAGCUGGGCGAGCUGGGCAAGGUCCAGUUCCGCGACCUGAACCCCGACGUGAACGUGUUCCACCGUAAAUUCGUCAAUGAAGUCCGGAGGUGCGAGGAGAUGGACCGAAAGCUCCGGUUUGUGGAGAAGGAGAUUAAAAAGGCAAAUAUUCCUAUCAUGGAUACUGGCGAAAACCCAGAGGUGCCUUUUCCACGUGACAUGAUUGACCUGGAGGCAAACUUUGAGAAAAUUGAAAAUGAGCUUAAAGAAAUCAACACCAACCAGGAGGCUCUGAAGAGAAACUUCUUGGAGCUGACAGAAUUAAAAUUUAUACUGCGUAAAACUCAGCAGUUUUUUGAUGAGGCUGAAUUGCAUCAUCAGCAGAUGGCGGAUCCAGACCUGUUGGAGGAAUCCUCUUCACUGCUGGAGCCAAGCGAGAUGGGAAGGGGUGCCCCACUCCGACUCGGGUUCGUGGCUGGCGUGAUCAACCGCGAGCGCAUCCCCACGUUCGAGCGGAUGCUGUGGCGCGUGUGCCGCGGGAACGUGUUCCUGCGCCAGGCCGAGAUCGAGAACCCGCUGGAGGAUCCUGUCACGGGGGAUUAUGUGCACAAGUCUGUAUUUAUCAUCUUCUUCCAAGGUGACCAGCUGAAGAAUAGAGUUAAGAAGAUCUGUGAAGGGUUCCGGGCCUCCCUCUACCCAUGCCCAGAAACACCUCAGGAGCGGAAGGAAAUGGCUUCUGGUGUCAAUACCAGAAUUGAUGAUCUUCAGAUGGUGCUGAACCAAACCGAGGAUCAUCGCCAGAGGGUUUUGCAGGCGGCUGCUAAAAACAUCCGUGUGUGGUUCAUCAAAGUGCGCAAGAUGAAGGCAAUUUACCACACCCUGAACCUGUGCAACAUCGACGUGACACAGAAGUGCUUGAUUGCUGAAGUGUGGUGUCCUGUUGCUGACCUCGAUUCCAUCCAGUUUGCUCUCAGGAGAGGCACAGAGCACAGUGGAUCCACUGUCCCAUCUAUUUUAAACAGGAUGCAAACCAAUCAGACCCCACCCACAUACAACAAAACUAACAAGUUUACUUCUGGCUUUCAAAACAUUGUUGAUGCUUAUGGCAUUGGGACAUAUCGGGAAAUAAAUCCAGCACCGUAUACCAUCAUCACCUUCCCCUUCCUGUUUGCUGUGAUGUUUGGGGAUUUUGGCCAUGGAAUCCUGAUGACUCUGAUUGCUGUCUGGAUGGUGGUGAGGGAAAGCCGGAUUCUGUCCCAAAAGAGUGACAAUGAGAUGUUCAACAUGGUGUUCAGUGGUCGAUACAUCAUCCUGCUGAUGGGGCUGUUUUCCACCUACACUGGCCUCAUCUACAAUGACUGCUUCUCCAAGUCCCUCAACAUGUUCGGUUCCUCCUGGAGCGUCCGGCCAAUGUUCAAUAAAGCCAACUGGUCAGAUGCUUUGCUGGAGACCACCCCCUUGCUGCAGCUGGAUCCUGCUAUCCCAGGGGUGUUUGGUGGGCCCUACCCGUUUGGCAUUGACCCAAUCUGGAAUAUUGCCAGCAAUAAGCUAGCUUUCCUCAAUUCCUUUAAGAUGAAGAUGUCUGUGAUUCUUGGCAUUUUCCAGAUGCUCUUUGGUGUCGCGUUGAGUCUCCUCAACCACAUCUACUUUAAGAAGCCUCUGAACAUAUACCUUGGAUUUAUCCCAGAAAUUAUUUUCAUGUCCUCCCUCUUUGGAUAUCUUGUUAUUCUCAUCUUUUACAAGUGGACAGCCUACGAUGCUCACACAUCCAAGGAAGCACCCAGCCUCUUGAUACACUUUAUCAACAUGUUUCUGUUCUCCUAUGAGGACACUAGUAAUAAGAUGCUUUAUAGUGGGCAGAAAGGGCUCCAGUGCUUCCUCGUGGUGGUGGCCUUGCUGUGUGUGCCAUGGAUGCUGGUAGCCAAACCCCUGGUUCUUCGCCAGCAGUAUUUAAGGAGAAAACACUUGGAAGGGCAGCCCGAGGAGGCCCAGGGCAGCACGAACGCACAGGCGCUCGAGGCAGCAGCGGCUGCAACAGGCACGCACAACUUUGGUGGGAUCCGGGUGGGCAAUGGCCCAACGGAGGAGGAUGCUGAGAUCAUUCAACAUGACCAGUUAUCUACCCAUUCUGAGGAGGGGGAAGAGCCUACAGAGGACGAGGUGUUUGACUUUGGGGACACUGUGGUGUACCAGGCCAUCCACACCAUCGAGUACUGCCUGGGCUGCAUCUCCAACACCGCGUCCUACCUGCGCCUCUGGGCGCUCAGCCUGGCCCACGCACAGCUCUCGGAGGUGCUCUGGACCAUGGUAAUCCACAUCGGCCUCAGCGUCAGGAGCCUGGGGGGAGGCUUGGGCCUCUUCUUCAUCUUUGCUGCUUUUGCCACGCUGACUGUGGCCAUUCUGCUGGUCAUGGAGGGGCUCUCGGCCUUCCUCCACGCUCUGCGCUUGCACUGGAUUGAAUUCCAGAACAAGUUCUACACUGGCACUGGGUUCAAGUUUCUCCCUUUCUCCUUUGACAUCAUCCGUGAGGGGAGGUUUGAUGACUGACGCCCCCCCAGUCAGUCCAGCAGUGUUAAACUUUUAGUGUGUGUGUGUGACUGACCCCUCCCCGUGUGUCUGAGUUGUGUGUAUAGUGACAAUAACUUAUUGCAGCACCCUUGAGCGUUACCAUGGCAUCCCAAAGCCAAAAGCUUUGACGUUCUGGGGUAACAACACUGGAUCAAAGAAACUUUUCGUUCCUUAAGUUUACUCCCAAAGGUACCAAGUGCAUGAGGUGUCUGUUUGGUGUGCAGUCAUGUGCUCCCUAUAUUGUGCAUUCCUUGGCAGCUGAUCAGGGCAGAAAAAAUAUGGCAGCUGUGCUGAGGGGACAAAA